AUGCCAGGGCUAAUACAGCUCCCACCGGAGCUUCUUGCACGAAUCGUUGAAUUUGUGGCAAUUGGUGAACCAACCAAGACCAGAUUCCACAACCGCAAUGACGAGAACAAGUACAGGGCCAUUAACGAUCCGACGUUCACAGCCUGGAACCGUUCAUACGAUAGAUUUGCUAUAACACCACGCCCAGAUGUCUUCAGCCUACGCAAUCUGCGCCUCGCCUCGAAGCAUCUCUCGCAAGCAUGCGCAACGCAUUUAUUCUGUUGUGUCCGACUUUUGCCAACCGAGGAAUCUGCCUCCCGCUACAAAAACAUCCUUUCCUCGGCUACGUUUUCCCACGAGGUACAAAAAGUCGUCUUCCAGACGAGGAUGGUGCCUGAUGGCAGUAAAUCGUGCUGGGCUCGCCGAGAACCUGGCCCUGGAGAUGAAUACCGUCAGCCUCACCCCUAUUUUAUGGAUGCGUUAAAGCAGGUUGGCCGAUUCCCCAAUCUGACCCAUGUGGAGUUGGUGUUCUCGAGCAGUUGCAGUGGCCCGUCCUGGGAUCAAGAAUACGAUUGUAUGGAGAUGAUGAGGUUCCGGGAGGAAAUUUUGCGCACCUUUNACGCUGGCCUGAACCAUUCCGAACAUCCGGCCGGCAAAAUGUACAAUCUUAGCAUCAAGAAUUUGCAGGACUUUACUCCGCAAGCACUCAUGGGCAGCGCCGACGACGAAGACAACGUGUUUAAGAGGGACUUCCAGCAGGUCAUGUCGCGGAUCACCCAUCUCAGCCUCCAGGUUGCUACAGAAGAUGACAGUGCUGCCCCCGAACAUAUGCUGGAAAUACCAGAGAGCCAUGAUUUCUUUGGCCAUGAGUUGCAAACCUACUGGCUUGCACCAAUCGCCAACAAUCUUGUUUAUCUCAAGCUCUACGCUAGCGACAUGUACUUCGGCAUGUACCCAAAGUGCAAUCUGCCAUCGUUGCCCAAACUGCGAUCACUGCUUCUCGGAAACAUGAGCAUUGUGAAUGACGAUCAGAUUGAUUGGAUAAUCAGCCACGCAGCAUCACUCGAGGAGUUAGUCCUUGAUGAUGCGCUCAUAGNNGGAGUCGGUGCAAGAUUUCUCGAGCAGAGCUUGGACACAAACAAACAAUGUGUGAAUUACUCUCCACUCGAGAUCAAAGAUGGCCGUCCAUCUUAUCAGCCUAAGUCAGACCGUCUUGGGCCGAAACAGAAAUGGCUCUGGGCCACGCGCUGGCAUCAUGUCUUCGCUCGUCUGCAGCAAGGCUUGCCCAAGCUAAAGCACUUUGCUUUCGGCCAUGGGAGGUGGGACGACCAUGCCGCUUUCGACGAAGCCAAUGUUUUGACGAGUCAAUUGAGAAACGCAAGAUAUCAGUACUUUGAUGAAGGUACUGGCCCAGACAACUGGUUGCAGGCCGACCGCAGUGACAAGGCAUACAACGAUUGGGCAGAGGAAUAUGGUGAAGAAGUUGUAUAUCAACCUGAAUGCGAUGAAGAGGACUGGCAAGCGUUGAAAAACUUGCUCCUUGAGUUGGAGAAGCGGGGGUGA